AUGUACGCCGACUACAAAAUGUUUCAGGAGAUCAUGGAGGGCAUCGGUUUUUUAACAGUACUUUCGGGUUCUAUGUUCAUUGGUAGCUAUUUUGCUGGAUCUGUACCGAUGAUGUUCAGCAUGUCCGAGUCAAGAAUGCGCAUGGUAAGCAUAUUCGGAGCUGGACUACUUCUAGGGACUGCCUUAUCUGUGAUCAUUCCUGAAGGAGUGGAAGCUCUCUAUACCGCACAAUCAGAGAAAUCACAUCCUGAAUUUCACGGAAUAAACAACCCCGCAAAGGCUAAAGAAAUUCUCGAAGAUACGAAACCUGAGAAAGUUGAGCUACCUCGCAUUGUCCCUCAAAAUCUCAAGGAUAAAAUCGAUGGAGAUGGCUUGGGAGUUCUCAACCAUACCGUAUCCUAUGUUAUCUCUCAUUUCAGAAAUCCCAAAACGAGGAGGAAACGUGAUUCUCCAAACACGAAUGGCACUGAAAUAAUUGCGAUAAGGCAGAAGCGCGACCAA